UGUUUCCUAGCAACUACACGUUGCCAAACAAAUCUUAACUCGGUCGAUGUGGAGAAUUUAAGGCCUGCAAAAGAAGCUACUGUGCUCAUUUAAACAUUUAAUUAUCUAUGAUGUCUGAAGCUCUUCAUCCCCCAGAAAGCGCCUACAAUCUUAUUCCGGUGGAGGAAACAAAGAAAGAAAAAGCGCCCAGGUAUGUAUCAAAGUUCAGGCCUGCAGUUAUACUGGAGAAAAAGCUGAUAAAAGAGCCAAUAAGGACGAUGGGACCUGCCAGAGUGGAGUUGCCGUCUACAGAGAAUUUCCUCAAAAAGCAUUCAAAAGAGCCCAAACUGCCUGAAAAGACGCAGAGCUCCAAAGAUGUUCAUAAAACCUGCUCUUUCACUGAGAGGAAGCCACCAGUCCCCACAAGGAAUGACAGACCACUGAUGGGAAUUCACACCAAGAGGGACUUUUUAAAGGAAACAGCUGUAGUGGUGCCAAUGAAGCCGCACCCCACAUAUGUAGACACCAACAAAGGGCACAAGCAGGUGCUGGAAAACUCGGGGCUUGUCCCAAAGUUCAUCAUGAAAAAGGACUAUGGUAGAGUACCAGUGUAUCUGCAGCAGUACAGCAAAGAAGAGAAGAGGGCUCGAGAGGAGUACGAAAAUUUUGUAAAAGGAGAGUGGGAGCAGAGAGCCAUGAAACACCUGACAGAGGAGGAGAGACAAACCAUCCUGAAGAACCUGAAGGAGACCUGGGAUAAGCUGCAUCACGAGUACCAGGCCCUGCCCCUCAUCAUCGAGACUUCGUCACAGAGGGCCACCAAGGAUCGCCUCGAAAGGGGAAUGAAGCAGCUGGAGGAUGACAUCAGCUUAUUCGAGAGGUUCAAAAUCAUCUACAUACCUAAAGAUAAUUAAUCUCAGCAGUGCUCAGAUGCAGUGCAAUGAGUGUUUUCAUCUGUGCCUUCACAAGGAAAAUAAAAUAGUUAUUGCGUUU